AUGAGGAUCGAGAACUUCGCAGCCGGGAUGGGCCUUGAUGAGACGACAUGGCCCUUGUUAACCUGGUCCGACGAGUUUCUUCACAAAUCUGGACACAUUUUAGAAGGUGCUCAGCACGCCGAUGACCCUGGAGCAGCAUCCCUGGCUUCCCAGUCGCUCCCUUUUACGUCCAUACACUUGCCCAACUCAAACACAUCCCUGGCAUCUAACAGCGCCCAGCGCUACCUGCAGCGACUCUCCGAGUUUAACACACAACUUUCGCGGGCAGCCGUGGACAUGAGUUCCGCCGACAGCCCGACCCAGAUUGAGCAGGCUGCUGCUCCCGUUCUAAAGAAUUCGGCUAUUUUCCUGGAUCUCAUUAAGUGCCUCCCGGGGUUCUGCAAUAUGACACGUACGGAGCCGACCCAAGAAGCUAGUCGCGGGCUACAUUUCUCAAAUAAGUCUGCCAAACAAACUGUGACACCUGGUGAGGAAGACGAGGGCGACGAUGGCAAUGGCGGCGACGGAACUAUCCCUGGAAGCUCACAGAUGUGUUACUUUGUACCAGACAUGGCAACUGUCCUGCAGCUGGUCGUCUUCUCCAUGCGCCUGACGGAGCUCCAUCAUGACUUAUACCUAGCCAUCUAUAGGCAUUUGCAGCAGCAACAGCACUCGCCGCUCCAUGAGGCGCUAAGCGGUCUCAAGGCACUCCGUGUCGAUAUGCCUGGGUCCAUGCAACUGCCUCCUUAUACCCCUGGAGGUGUAGUAUUGCUCAUGCGCAUGCUGAUGAUGCAGGACUGGCAGGGGCGUAUUAGCACCAUCCGGGAGAUUUUGCAAAAGCUGAAUGAUGACUUUGGUAUGGCCACACAGAUAUAG